GGCAGAGAUGUGCGAACCAAUGCUGACGUUCUGCUUCCUGUUUCUGCUCAAACCACAUUCCUGUAGUCAUGCGGCCAGGCUGAUCUCAGUCACAAGCUAGAAACAGAGAGAGGAGAAAGCUGCAGGCCUCCGCCUGCCACAAGUCUGUCCGUCUCUUCGCCUUUUGCUUUCAAGGAACCAAUUUUCUCUGUGCUGCUGAAAACAAGAAUGACAGGAGAACUUCAUCCCCACAGCUGUGCAGACAAGAUGGACUUUCAUCUGAAGCAUAGGACAUAAUGACUUUAGAGAGGAUGGAGGACAGAAACGAGGUUUGUCGGGUGGAGGAGGAAGCUGAGGUGGAUGUUCAGGGCGGGGAAAGCAAGUUAGUAACCAACAAUAACCAACCUACUUGGUCAAAUGGUCAGUGUGUUGUUGUGAUGCCAAGCUGUUCAACGUUCAACCCCAGGUUUGAUCUUUCUUUGUGCCGCGCCAAGCUUUCCAGGGAUGGCUUUCAGAUUCCAGCCUCAGACAUGGAAAUUCCUAUAAAAGCUGCUCUGGAUGUCCCUUCAGUCAAGAGAUAUAUGGUUUUCAACUCGCGCCUUUUUCAAUUCAUCAUGGCGCCGGUUCUGUACGUGGUGCUGUGGUGUGCCGUCUUCUCCACCCUCCACCUCUACAUCUCUGUCAGCGAUUACUGGGUUCUGUGCCUGUCGGUCAGCCUGCUGUCCUUCCUCCUCACCACCGCCAUCGUCUUCAUGCUUCAUCACAGCAGCAAGCAGAUCAACAUAAACGUGGACGUUCGCUUGGUCCAGGUGAAUGAGAGGAUGGUCAAACACAAGCUGCUGGUGGGCGUGGCCGACUGGGUGGAGAACUGCACCGGAAACAUAAAGUUGUUCUUCGUUUACUGGGACAUGUCCCGCUGUCUGAGGACUCUGACUGAAACUUUGGAGGAGCUGGACUUUGUGACGUCUGACAGCCAGAACAGGCUGAGAAGCAGGAUGUCCCAUCUCAUCCUGGUGUCCGAGGUUCUCCAAGAGGAGUCAGAGCCCGGUGUCUCAGAUGUGGAGGCAGAAUCAGAUGAAAACAGAUCUCUGCUACAUGAAGGAAGCUGCAGUACCCCAUCUCACCAGAGGGGGGAGACCUCAGUCAUCUCCAGCUUCAGCCUGGCUCCUGAUGCCUCCUUGCCUGCUCAGGUUAAGGCGCACCAACUCCUGAUGACCUACAGUGCCUCCUAUGUGAAGCUGCUGGUGUCUAAGAGGCUGUCGGGUUCAUCGCACCACCGAAUGAGGCUGCGGAUGAACCACUGCAGCAUCUCCCCCGUCUGCCUCUGCCAGUACAUUAAGAAAAAAGUCCUUCAGUGAAACAGACUAGAGGACAAUUGGUGAUUGUCAGGAACUGGUGAUGGAGGACCCAAAAUGCAGGAGACCAGGCUUGGUGACAGAAUAUAAAACAUUUAUUAAACAAACUGAAACAUGAAAAACCUAUGGGGAGAAACAAAAGGAUAACAAAGUAGAAAAGAGCAGAUGACCUGACAAGGAUGAACAUUAACCAAGACACUUAAAUAGGCUGAGGGAAAUUAACUGAAAUAAAAACAGCUAUGGAUCAUAAACCUGAAACUGGUGUUACUGACAAAAACGACACGAAAGGCACGACCAAGAACAACAAAACCAAACCACAAAAUCCUGGUUUGGGUUUUUAUACGAUGACGGACAGAGUUUUGUCCUGAUCCCGUGUGAAUUAAAGUCCUAAAACUGCACAUGUGGGAACUUUGGUUUAAAUGCAAAGUCUUUAAGUCACUGACACCACAGCUUCUUCACUGAAUCUGAUUUUCUGAUCUAUUAUGGCAGCAGCUCUGCUGAAGAUUCUCUUGUUACACAUCUGGAGUAUUUUGAACCUCAUAAGACCUGCUCAAACAUAAAUCUUUAAUGUAUACUGUAUACAUCCUGUUUCAGAGGAUAAAAAAAUUCUCCUUCUGAAUUUAUUCCGUUUUAUAUCCAUUUAGUGCCAAACUGCAAAUGUUUUUUCCUCCAAUCUGAAAGGACACCAAUGCCACUUCUUCCAUGUUUUACCAUUUAUCAGUAAAACCUUCUUGACAUACAGGAUGGAGCUUUUUGUGCUUUAGGAAUUAAAAAAAACUGCAAUUCUUCUAUCUGGUUACUUCUCAGUAAUGCUUCUGUUCUUCUUUAUUUCAAAAUGCUACCUUCAUGAAUCACCUCCAUGAAUCAUCAAACCCAUUUGAGCACAUCUAUCCUCUCUCAACAAUCUCCAAAGCAUUUAUGCUCUUCUUUUCUUAUUCCUAAAUUAGCACACCUUCAGGAUUUUAGCUUCUAUCUUGUAUUUUUCUUCCCUUUUUAACUCCACUUAGUGACUUUCCUCUUUUAAGAUAUAUUAAAGGGAAUGAAUUGACUUCUGUUCCUGUAACACGCAGCCAAAAUUAAGCUUUUUUGGCCUCAAAAUUAUUCAGCUCCAGCACACAGUAGUGGAGGGUUGAUGGUUUGGGCUUUUGUUGUUGUUUUUGCGUUGUAGAUGUCGCAUUUUGUGUUAAGAGUCAUCAUCUUUACAGACACAUGAAUCUACUCUCUGCCUUGUGUUUAACUCUGUGAUUGACUUGUUUAAAUCCAGGGCUAGACUUUCCUUAAAUGCAACAUGUCUGAGUCCCGUUUUGGUCACAUCUGCACAAAGACAGCGUCUUAGGAAGGGAAUCCUGAAUGAACCAGUUUGCAAGAGUGCGUUUAGCGAUAAAAACCUCUUCAAAAACACCAAAUUCACAGCUCAAACUCUCCUUUAGUCUUUACAAAAAUGUGUAAAGCGUUCACCUUUUAAAAAAUUGCAAUAACUGCCGUCGCAAGUCUAAAAAGUCAUUUAAAUUGCAGUAAUAGCUGAUAAAAAAAGACCAGAAAAAUCACAAAAAGAAGCAACGUGGCCUAAUAUUGACAGUACAAUUAGUCCUGUCAUCAGUUAAUGUUUGAGCAAUUAAUUAAAAAUAAGAUGUUUUUAAUUAAUCUCUUUUUAAUCUAGCCUAAUGAUUGCUGUGAAAAGCCUUAUUUUAAGGUAUUUUCAUUUAAAUCUGUAGUGCAGUAAAAGAUCCAAAUACACCUAAAAAAAAGUGUUUUUAGCAAGUUUUUUUUAAAUUAUAACAGACGUCCAAGCCUGUUGAGAUCCUGCCAGCCUACUUAGCCCCAGCCCCAGUCCAGUUGUCCUGAUUAGGACUUCUGGUCACAAUAAACGCUUUAACCCUUCGUCUGCCUGCAGUCUGUGGCUGUAGUCCUCCAGACCAUCAAGCGUUGUGUUUUUUUUGGGAAAAACAAUUCAAAUAAAACAAAACCAUCAGGUCCAGAGUGCUCCAUUUUAAAACUUAAAAAAAUCACACAAUCACAAUGGUUUACCUUAUUCCACAGUUUAUCACAGCAGCAAGACAGUUGAAAAGACGUGAGGGAUUUUAUAGUUUCCUUUAGCGUUUCUGGUUGAUUUGAUUAUUUUGAAGACUGGGAUGCAGCAGAAAAGAAAGAAGGAGAGGAUGAGGAGGAGGCACUGGGGAAAACAAAGUAUUUAGACUUUAUUUCUUUGUUGUGACAAAACAAAAAUAAGCUGUAGGUGAAAUGAUGCGUUGUCUACCUUAUGUUAUAAAAAAUAUAACUCUUCUUUGCUCCGCUGCUGCUGAGCAAAGUGGGUGCGGGCUCCGUAGCAGUUACCAUGGCAACGCGUCACUCCGUCCCCCACAUUUUUUGUGAAAAACAAUGUAGACUCAAAAAUUUAACAAGAUAAAAGCACUAAUAGUUGAUUUAUUUAUUCGUUCAUUUCAAAACUGUCCAUUAUCAGAAAUGAAUGGACUUCGAGGAAGCAACCGUUCAAUGGGAUCUGGCCUCCGUGUCAUCUGGUAAUUUCUGAUAACGGACACCUCGUCGGGAAUUAUCCCUUACAGAGUAGAUAAUUAAGAUUAAAAAAAUAAUGCUCUCAUCUGUCUAUAACUACUUAAUUUGCAAUUAACUGACCCAUGACUAUAAUUAAUAUCAUAGUUGUAAAAACUAGCAUUCAUCCAAAAUGUAACUUUGGAAGAUCUUUGUCCACACAUUCAGGAAUUUCUGAGUCUUCAACUCUUUCCAGCCAAGAUUAAACAACAAAACAUUGGGUUAUUUUUAAUUGUCAGCAGGUUUUCCUUUCCCUCCUAUACCGCAAUCACGUUACAGGCAGGUUUGUGGAUAACAUGGACUGAGCAGUGUCCUUUUUGGUUUCCAUCCUCAAACCAUCUUUCAGUUCUUCACAUAAAACCUUCUGCGAGUUUUUUCCCCAUCCUCGCCUCCUCCAAGUGUGCCGACAGGUCGCUGCGGCUGCUGUGGGUGGCGCUCUGCAGAUGUCAAGCUGAAAAUCCUUCCAACCCCACAACACUUGCUGCUGGUUUUCUUUUCGAAUGAAAACAUCGGACAGAUCAUAAAACAGGUUUAGACGAUUGAAGUAUUCAAAAUGUGUCUCAAUGUUUGCAGCUGUUGUUUGGUCACUGUUUUCACACCACCUGCAUGUCUGUUUGCAGAAGCCCCGUUUAGAGUCUGUAUUAUGUAACAGGUGAUAUUUGACCUGCGAGGAAUCAGUGGAAUACAUCGACAGUGAAAUUAUUUAUCAUUUUAUUAAAAAAUAAAAGCCAUACAUGUGAGAGAGGAGCAGAUUUUCAAAGGAAUAGAAAAAUACAUCGGUUUGUCCACCCAGGCUUCCUUUGGUCUCCCUUUGGCUUCCAGGGCCGCUGAGCGACCUUUCCACAUCAGUCCUGAUGGAGGCGGCGGAGAUGACAGCCCAGCGAGGGUGCAGCUGGACGCCACAAACACUCACAGCCAGACCGUCGGCGCCGCCAACUCAAAGGGAGCUACAGCGACGGAUGGAGAUGAGCUGUGCAGCGUGAGGCCAAAUUAAACGAUCUCAGAGACACUGGCUCUCCUCGGGAGGCUAAACGGCCAUCUGUGAUGCUGCACAGAGGCUGCCCCCCCCCCCCCCCCCCCCACAUCCUUUCAAACCGCUAUGUAUUGGAGAGAUACACUUCAUCAGUCAAAGAGAAAAGGUUUUUAUUAAAAUCUGCGUUUAUUAAAACACAGAUUUAUUUUACAAACUCAAAUUCACGUUGAAACAAAUCUGGAUGAUGAUCUUCAAGAAGCUUUUGUUCUUUUUAAAUUAGCAAUUUUUUGGGUUUUUUAAAUGAAUACAAAAUUAAAACAAGCCCCUGAGCACAUGUUUUCUGAAUGUUCCCAAAUAAUAUAACCAUGACAAAACAAAACCAGUCCUUUUAUUCUAUUUGGUCUUUUUACGGACUUUAGUUUGUCUGAAAGUGUUCAAAGGUAAAUUUCUUUGUUCACAAAGAACAAAUAAUUAAACGAAGGAGGACCUAUCAGAGAAGGCUUUGAUGAGAAAAUACUGUUUUUCCAUUUGGACUUACCUUUUUAUUUUCUUUGAGACAUUAAAAUUUACGUUUGAACCCAAUAAAUGGAAUAAAUGAACCAAAAAAGACUAAAAGGACAGUUUUUGCUUUGUUUGCUCAGAAAAGACUUGUCUGCUUUUGUCUUGUAUAGUUUAAUACAAAAACCCUUAUUUCUGUAAAGACUUUAAUUCAUUAAACUCAAUAAACUCUGCU